AUGCGAGGCCGGGGCGGCGGCGGCAGCAGCUCCUCCUCCUCCUCCGCGGAUCCCGUGCAGGAGCCGCGGCGCUGCCGGCCGACGCAGAAAGCCCGGCGAGCGGCAGCAGCAGCCGCCGCCACAGGGGCCAAGCGAUUGGAUGCAGCGGCUGCCGGGGGCCUCCCGAGCUCGGACCCUAAAGACGAGGGCUCCGCCAGCGAUUCUUCCUCCUCCCCCUCCUGCUGCUCCUCCUCCUCCUCCUCUCCCAAGGGCCUCGCAAACGAAGCCCCGGGCCCCGGGUGCAAUGGAGACGUUCGCAGGACGACCUACUGGCUGGAGAUGAGGGGGGUCAAGCCCACCGCCCACAAGUCUACGGAGGAGGAAGAGGAGGAGGAGGGGAAAGAAUCCCUCUCCAUGGCAAAGCACAGACUGGAGCAACAAGAGAGGGCCGAAGGCUCCAAGGAUCUUCCCAGGAAGAAGCAGAAAGGGGCAGGGAAACGACAGCCAAUGGGGAAACAGCCUCAUCCCAAGCCCAAAGGCUGUUGUGGCAAGAAAGACGCAUCGGCAUAUGCAGCAGGAAGCCUGGAAGAGCAGUGGCACACAGAGAUCCUGUACAAGGGCCGUGUCAUCUGCCCAGUCUGCAGAGCUGUGGUGCGGAAGACCGUGGAAGGACUGAAAAAGCACAUGGCAAACUGCCGGCGGGAGAAGUUCACAUGUCACCACUGUGGAAAACAGCUGCGGUCUCUGGCAGGAAUGAAGUACCACAUCAUGGCAGACCACAACAGCCUGCCAGUUGGAAAGGAGGCGGGCCAGAUGGACGAGCCAAGUGAGCGGGAGCGCUUGCGGAGAGUGCUGAGGCGCAUGGGGAAGCUCAAGUGCACCAGGGAGGGCUGUACAGGCAACUUCACCAGCCUCGUGGGGUACCUCUACCACACGCAGAAGUGCGGGAAAGCAGCCGCUGAGCUGGAGAAGAUGGCCCUCAAGUGCCACCACUGCAGCAAAGAGUACCGGUCCAAGGCAGGCCUCGCGUACCACAUGAAGUCUGAACAUGGACCAGUCGCAUUCGUCCACAAAGAGGGCAGGCCACCGGCCCCCUUGAAGGAGACCAGCCCAGAGCCGCACGGUGGAGGAGGAGAAGGAGGAGGAGGCCGAGUUCAGCGGAGGUCCGCCAAGGUGGCUGCCUACUACCUGCACGAGCUGGCCAACGAGGAGCUGGUCAAGGAGUGGCCCAAGAGGAAGGUCCUGCAGGAUCUCGUUCCUGAUGACCGGAAGCUGAAGUACGCUCGGCCCAGGCUGCCCGCUGUUAGCCCAGAGGUCCUGUGCAAAUGGAGGUCAGAGAUCAAGACGUACAGGCGGCUCCAGUGCCCCAACCAGGGCUGUGAGGGUGUCUACAGCAGCAUCUCGGGUCUUAAGUCCCACCUGGGCAGUUGCACCCUGGGCGAGUUUGUAGCUGGGAAGUACCGGUGCCUGCUGUGUGGAAAAGAGUUUGUGUCCGAGAGCGGGGUCAAGUACCACAUCAACACUGUGCAUGCGGAGGACUGGUUUGAGGUUCACACACACUCCACCAAGAGCUCUGAAAAGCGGGUGAAGCUGCAGCAGACGGAGGCAGAGCAGAAGCGGCCGUGCAAGAAGCACCUCUCGAGCCGUGGCCGCAAGAGGAGGCCCAGGCUGGGGUCUCCGAAGAAGUCGCCCAGGCAGGGGCCAGAGCCCAGCCAGCGGCAGGUGGCCAAACCCAGCCAGUCCCAGACGCCGGACUGUGAAAGCAAGAGCAGCGAAGACGAGCAGGAAGAGGAGGAGGAGGAGGAGGACCAGGAGCCCCCACCUUUGAAACUCAGCCACAGGAGGGGGAGGAAAUGAUGGGCUCACGCUGCCUCCUCAGGGCAGGGAGCUGCCUCUCUUGAGGGAGCCAGGCGGAGGGGAGGCCGCCCUGAUGGGGCAGGGGAAUGGCAGGCAGCCCGUGACCGCUGUGCAAGCGGUUUCUCCCGUUGGUUAAGGGGGGCAACCGGUGGCCCCUGAUCUGGAGGUGAGCCUCACUUCUGUGUACAUGUGCUGGAUUGCACCAUAAGUGACUGAGGCUGAAAUCCUGUGCAGAGUUAGGUGGAUGUAAGGGCCGCAGUGCCCAGCCAGGUGGGUUGGCUUGCACAGGCGGGGUCUCCUGUGGUUCUCUCAGCCUGCUGCCUGCCUUGUGUAAGUCAGGGGGGGGGGAGAUUUCUUCUGUGGCAGCAACUCUACCCCUGUGUUUGAAGUGGCAGCCAAAGCAGCUGUAGCCAUGGUGUUGCCUGUUUUCUGUCUCUAGAUCACAGGAAGUGGGGAAAGCAAAGAGCCAUCCCAAGAUGCACUGCUCCAGCAUGGCAGCAGGAGGACACUUGCAUUGCAUGCUGGGCCAGGGCACUCACAAAGGAAGGCCUGUCCUGCGUAAAUGAGGCAUUCUACCCAAGCAGCAGCCAAGAGUUGCCUGUCACUCAACCAGUUUCUUUUUCUUUAAUGACAAAGCCCCCAUCUACUGUUGCCUUGACAAGGAGCAGGCAGAACCCGGGCCCCUUCCAGGGAACUUAGCAUGUAACAGCAUUACGCUAGGCUCCACUUCGUUCUUAAUAACUUCCUAAUGUCCACAUCUAAAUCCCCACUUCAGUUUUCCAGGAGAGCAGGUUGUGCUGUGGAUAGAGAUGGAGCACGCCCUGACCGGCAAGCCUGUGUUGCGUGGGCUGAGUGGCCCUUCCAAAAUGGUGGAUCCGCAGCUGGGCGAGAGCCGGACCGAAGGAGUGCUCGUCAAAGGCGCGUCAUCAACCAGGAGGGAUCUCAAGGGCUUCCGCCAGGUUCAUGCCUGGGCAACCGUAGUCUUCAACGUAUUUAUUAAUCACUUAGGAGGAAAGGGGGGGGGGCUCCUAUCAAAUCUGCAGAUUGUUUAUAGCAUUUUUAUCCUGCCCUUUAGUCAAAAUGGUUCCCAAGGCAGAAAUAAAGAGACUCUCUGCUUGCAGGCAUACAAUCUAGAAAAGCACUAGAAGGGAUUGGUUGGGAGGGAGGGAGGAGGGAAAAUGAGACAAAUUUGGAUGGAACAGCUAAUACCUUAGAAGACAAAUUCAAAAUGGCCUUGAUGGGUUAGAAGACUGGACAAUAAAUAAUUACAUUUUACA